AUGCUUGCCGCCGCCGCACUGAGCCACCUGCCUGGCGUGCCCAAUUUUCGCGACGUUGGCGGCAUCCCGUGCGACGCCGGCGCGCGCUUCACCCGGCCUGGAGUGCUGCUGCGAUCCGCAUCGCCCUGCUGUGCCAAUGGGCAGGCGGUACACGAGCUGGUGGGCGUGCGCGGCGUCGGGACGGUGCUCGACCUGCGUUCGCCGGACGAGGCGCUCGCUGACGACACCAAGGCCUUUCAGGGCAGCUCGCGCCCGCUCGGUCAUCUCACGGUCCAUGUCAACCUGAUGGACUCGUCGCUCGUGCGGAACGGCGUGCUGCGGCGGCUCCUCAUGUCGCCGUCCGCUGCGGUCGCGCUCGGCGGCCUCCGCCUGCUGCGAAGCAUGCCGCCGCCGCCUGACCAGCACGCGGAGCUGCUGGCGCGCACACGCCUCUCACGCACGCGUGUCGCGCCUGCGCUCUCCCGCUCUCUCUGGCGGGCGGUGGCGAGGUACGCAGCGGCUCGCGAGGCGGCGGGGGCGGCGUACGACGAGCGCGUCGCCGCGCUGCUCGCGGAGCUCUCCCUCGCGGACGUGUACGAGUGGAUUCUCACGCGAAACGGCAAUGCGGCGGGCGCGUCUGCAGAGGAGGUUGCGGCGGAGUACGCGCGCACCGACGCGUGGGCCGCCACAGCAGAGGGGCGGGCGGCGCAGGAGGCGAUGCUGCCCGCCCGGCUUGCUGCGCGGCUCGACCUGGACGGCUUUUGCCGUGCCAGCCCGGCGACGCUGCACGAGCUGUGGCGGCGGGUCGAGGCGCGGUACGGCUCGGUGGACGGGUACAUGAGUGCCAUCGGGGUCACCCCGUCGACUCGCGCGGCGCUGCGCGACGCGCUCACUGCCCCACGGCCGCCGGCCGAGGGCGGCCCUGCAGCUGGCGGGGAGCGGGGGCAGUAG